AAAAAACAGAUACGGAUAUCUAGGUUAUAUAUUAGGUUUGAUUUUUCUUUUGUUGUGUGAUUUCAUACUGCAUCCAUCAUUAUAUAUUCCUCUACCUGUGUACAUACCCUGCACAUACUAUUAGUGUAAUAUUAAUGCAAGCAUUCUUGUUUAAUAAAAGAAGGCUACUCACUUGAUCAGAAGCGCACACAAGGAGAGAGGCAGGACGCUUUGGUGGUGAGGAUAAUAUUGAGCGCUUGUAGGCCUAGGCCUAUAUAUAGGCUACACAAGCAUUGUGGGCCGGCCAAUGCAGGGCAGGCAGCGGAGGUAGGUGUGCGAUUCGGAUCCACUCCGCACAUACCUGGUUGCAGGGGCGGAGUGGGGCACUAUAAUAAAACUUCCGGGUCCAACCGCUCCGUCGAACAUCAAAACAAACAACGAUGGCUGAACCAGUGAACCUUUUUACGAUUACUUCUUUCUUCAGUGAGACACCUGAAAGAGUAAAGAAAGGGUUGAAUUCGUUUCACUCCAACAGAGUGGUCAGUGUAGCCGUUUUGCCUCUGGGAGUUAUAAAGGGUAGCGUCCAGGCAUCACAGAAAAAGAAAGUAUACGAGGUUGAGGUGAGUUGGAAGUUAGCCGUUGACAGGCUAGUUGACAUCUAAUUAAACGUUAAAGAUGAUACUUUAUUCCAUGGGUGCCAUGCCGUAAUUCCGACGCCUCAUUGUUCCGACGUCUCAAUGGUCCGAAAUAUUUCCCAUUAGAUCGACAUGCCACUAUGCCGACGGUUCAAUGUUCCGAAAACGGAACCCAUUGGUCCGAAGGUCCGUUUGUCCGACUUGUCAAAAAGGAGGCGCAUUGGGCCGACGGUUCAAUAUGCCGAAUAGUCCGAGGCUCAAUUCCACAUGUGUGAUUAUGAAACCAAAGAUAAAAGACGAUGUAGGCUUAGUUCCAGCAGUGCACUUCACCAGCCAGACUGUUGCUGUGGGCUUGAACGGUCACAAGAGGUGAAUUUAUGAAGCGCACGUUAUACAAGGACUAAUACUUUUCCCGUAAAGAAGUCAAACGGUGAGUGAAAAACAAAUAAUUUUUUUAUCUUUAGUAGCUGUGUGUGUGGGCCUAUAUGUGUUGUUUCCUGUGUUUACAGUGGGCUUAUAGCCUAAAUAAUUUCGCUGGCAUUGAUUUAGUCAAACUUAUAGGGCCUACCUCAUACCGUGUACUUAGUCAAGUGUGUGUGUGUGUGUGUGUGUGUGUGUGUGUGUGUGUGUGUGUGUGUGUGUGUGUGUGUGUGUGUGUGUGUGUGUGUGCGCGCGCGCGCUCAUGCGUGCGUGUGUGUGUGUGUGUGAUUUUAUCCUUUGUGGCAUGGUCGUGUCGGGCUAUAGGUAUGACUCGGAGAGAGGUAAAUGUUCAACACAUGGUUUAUUCUAACAGAGACACAAGGUAAACCAGCUUGAGUUCUGGAGUUGGUCCAUGAAGCAUCUCUUGAACACAGGUAAACAAACAGUUUAUAUUGGGAGUUAUACCAUCAUAGACCUAUAAUUAUCAUAUCUGUUAUAGAGUUAUUGAUCAUCCAUAGCGGUAAACUACCAUCAUAGAUCUAUAAUUAUCACUAUCUGUUAAAUGUAUUGAUCCAAAGGAAACAUCUGGUUAUAUCUAUCUGAUAUAGGCCCUAUCUGAUAUAUCUAUACAUAGUUGUUCCACCAUGUACAAUGUCCAUAAUUCUUGUCAUCAUGUGACCCGUGUCUUCAACUGACCUCUCUAGACCAAACACAUAACAUGAAUACAGUGAUAUCCUUUACAUAUGCCGUCCCCUGAGUAAAACCCGAUAUAUUUUGUGUGGAGAUAGAUAAUAAAUAAAACUCCAGAUGAAACCACGUGGCUGUCGUUUGAUCGUGUUACUUCAGGGAGCCGGCCCUGAGGUCAGCAAGGUCCUGACGACGCAAAACGCAAAUCAGAAACGAGUCUACUUAUGUCAGUGUUCAACGUUACAUAGAGAGUGGAUGGAAGGUUCCUGUGGCGGACAGCAGGGGGAGCCGUUGUCCAAAUCAGGACGUCUCCACGGGCGUACAGUGAACACAUGAGUUUCAUUUCCAAUUGUCGUGGAGACAGCAGACGAUUGUUCUCCCAUCACCGUCGGCGCGUUGUUUGCCGAUGCCUACGUCAUCCUCCGCCCUACGUCAUCUGCCGGACGCUCAGACCUCUGGAGCUUCGAGGCUCGAGACGCUGAAUGCCACCCUGCUGCAGGACCGCCGAGGAGGACAUCCUUGGACUACCGAGGACCACCCCGUCACCCAGCGGGACGUUGCCUGGUCUCAUCACUUCCACUACUUUUUUAAAGCCGUUAGGAGUUUAACUGGAUUAAGCAGCAGCAGCACAGCAGCGGCUUCCCGUCCCGUCCCCUCCACGCCGCGCCCUCCCGGUCUCCGUGGACCUCGGACCUGUCAGGACCCGGACCGCCAGGCCCCGGACCGCCAGGCCCCGCUAGGCGUGCCCGGCCGUGAGGAUGGCGAACCCCGCGGAGUGCACCAUCAAGGUGAUGUGCCGCUUCAGACCGCUGAACAAGUCGGAGGUGGCCCGCGGAGACUCGUACAUCCCCAAGUUCCAGGGGGAGGACUGCGUGUUGAUCACGGGCAAACCGUAUUACUUUGACCGCGUGUUCCAGUCCAACACCACUCAGGAGCAGUUCUACAAUGCUGUCGCUCAGCAGAUCGUCAAAGACGUGCUGGACGGCUACAACGGAACCAUCUUCGCCUACGGCCAGACCGCCUCGGGCAAGACGCACACCAUGGAGGGCGUCCUCCACGACACGGACAUGAUGGGCGUCAUCCCCCGCAUCGUCCAGGACAUCUUCAACUACAUCUACUCCAUGGACGAGAACCUGGAGUCCCACGUCAAAGUGUCGUAUUUUGAGAUCUAUUUGGAUAAAAUCAGGGACCUCAUGGAUGUGUCGAAGACCAACCUCUCCGUGCAUGAGGACAAAAACCGAGUGCCUUACGUGAAGGGCGCGUCGGAGCGGUUCGUGUGCAGCCCGGAGGAGGUCAUGGACGCGAUAGACGAAGGCAAAAAUAACCGCAGCGUGGCCGUCACAAACAUGAACGAGCACAGCUCCAGAAGCCACAGUAUCUUCCAGAUCAACAUCAAGCAGGAGAACGCCCAGACAGGCCAGAAACUCACCGGCAAGCUCUACCUGGUGGACCUGGCCGGCAGUGAAAAAAUAGGUAAAACGGGUGCGGAGGGCACGGUGUUGGACGAAGCCAAGAUGAUCAACAAGUCGCUCUCGGCGUUGGGGAUCGUGAUCUCGGCCCUGGCCGAGGGCUCGAACUACAUCCCGUACCGGGACAGUAAGAUGACCCGGAUCCUGCAGGACUCCCUGGGGGGGAACUGCCGGACCACCAUGGUCAUCUGCUGUUCGCCCUCCGCCUACAACGAGGCCGAGACCAAGUCCACGCUGCUGUUUGGACAGAGGGCCAAGACCAUCAAGAACAGCGUGACGCUGAACGUGGAGCUGACGGCGGAGCAGUGGAAGAAGAAGUGGGAGAAGGAGAAGGAGAAGAACAAGACCCUGAAGAACACCGUCGACACGCUGGAGAGCGAGCUCCAACGCUGGAGGACGGGCGAGAGCGUGCCCGAGGAGGAGCAGUUCGACAAGGAGAAGGCCAAGGAGGAGGUGCAGGCCGUGGAGAACGUGCUGAACCACGACAAGAUGGCGGCCACGCCGGCGCUGGGCGGGCCCCCCGGGGUGCAGCUCCAGGGGCCGGGGGGGGGCACGUCGGGGGCGGAGCUCAGCAAGCUGUACAAGGAGAUGGACGACAAGGACGAUGAGAUCGACCAGCAGAGCCAGCUGUUGGAGAAGCUGAACCAACAGAUGCAGGACCAAGAGGAGCUGCUGGCCUCCUCGCACCGCGACCACGACAAGCUCCAGACGGAGCUGAACCGGCUGCUCUCGGAGAACGAGGCGUCCAAGGAGGAGGUGAAGGAGGUGCUGCAGGCGCUGGAGGAGCUGGCCGUCAACUACGACCAGAAGAGCCAGGAGGUGGAGGACAAGGCGCAGGAGUUUGAGGCCCUCAGCGAGGAGCUCAACCAGAAGUCGAGCUCCCUUGCCUCCAUCGACACGGAGCUCCAGAAGCUGAAGGAGAUGACCAACCACCAGAAGAAGAGGGUGACGGAGAUGAUGUCGUCGCUCCUCAAAGACCUGGCCGAGAUCGGCAGCGCCAUGGGCACCAAGGAGAUCAAGCAGGAGAGCACCGGCGUGAUCGACGAGGAGUUCACGGUGGCCCGUCUCUACAUCAGCAAGAUGAAGUCGGAGGUGAAGAGCACGGUGCGCCGCAGCCGCCAGCUGGAGGGCGCCCGGGCCGAGAGCGACCAGCGGCUGGCCGAGACCGAGAAGGAGCUGGCCGCCUGCCAGCUGCUCACCUCCCAGUACGAGGCGAAGAUCCGCUCUCUGACGGAGAGCGUGCAGAUCCUGGAGCAGAAGAAGAGGCAGCUGGAGGAGAGCGUGGACGCGCUCAACGAGGAGCUGGUGAAGAUCAGCGCUCAGGAGAAAGUCCAUGCCACGGAGAAGGAGAAGAUGCAGUCGGCCAAUGAGGUCAAGGACGCGGUGCAGAAGCAGAUCAUGUCCCACAGGGAGGCCCACCAGAAGCAGAUCAGCAGCCUGCGAGACGAGCUGGACAGCAAGGAGAAGCAGAUCACUGAGCUGCAGGAUCUGAACCAGAAGAUCUCUCUGGAGCAGGAGCGCUUGAGGGCGGAGCACGAGAAGCUCAAGACUGCGGACCAGGAGAGGAACCGCAAGCUGCAGGAGCUAACGGGCAUUCAGGACCGCCGGGAGCAGGCCAGGCAGGACCUGAAGGGGCUGGAGGAGACGGUGGCCAGAGAGCUUCAGACGCUCCACAACCUCAGACGGCUGUUUGUCCAGGACCUGAACACCAGGGUGAAGAGGAACGCGGACACUGACUCUGAUGAUACGGGAGGCAGCGCCAUGCAGAAACAGAAGAUCGCCUUCCUGGAGAGCAACCUGGAGCAGCUCACCAGGGUCCACAAGCAGCUGGUGCGGGACAACGCUGACCUGCGCAGUGAGAUCCCCAAGAUGGAGAAGCGUCUGCGUGCGACGGUGGAGCGCGUCAAGGCUCUGGAGCUGGCCCUGAAGGAGGCGCGCGAAGUGGCCGGCCGCGACCGCAAGCGCUACCAGCAGGAGGUGGACCGCAUCAAGGAGGCGGUGCGCUCCAAGAACAUGAGCCGCUGGCGCACCGCCGCGCAGAUAGCUAAGCCCAUCCGGCCGGGCCAGCAGCCCGGGGCCCCCCCCGCCAACCCCGCCGUGGUGCGCCCCAACAGCGUGCAGACCCCCCAGCCCGCCGGGCUCCGGGGUGGAGGGGCCGGAGGGACCCCCGCCCAGCAGGACAAGAGCAGCUACUCCUACGACUGCUGAGGAGAGAGGCUGCCGGUCGGAGCCAGAAGCAAAGGUCAGCCAGAUAGCUAUGAACUACGUCAUCCACAAUGCAACGCUGGACUCUCACCUCGGACCCGCCCCCUCAGUGUAUACAUGGUGUAUAUUGAUUCAAGACUUCGGGAGGGGGGAGGGGCUUAUUUUGUGCCUAUUUAUGGUUUCUAACUCUCAGCCCAUCCAAAGAUCACAUGACUGCCUUGAAAUAUGAUCAUGCAAACUUAUUGAACUAAUAGUGUGUGUGUGUGUGUGUGUACAGUAUUGCCUAUUAUGUUCAACAGAAUACCACUAAGUGAUUGGAUCUGUUCCUUACCAAACGUGAAGUCAGAUCAAUACAGCUGAUUGGCUGAGCUGCACUGUUACCCCACACCUCAGCAGAGUGGUGCAACACUCACAGCAGGGGGCUAUAGUGCCUGACCUCUGACCUUAACCCUGACCCCAACCCUAUCAUCCAGACCACUCUGUGUGUGUGUGUGUGUGUGUGUGUGUGUGUGUGUGUGUGUGUGUGUGUGUGUGUGUGUGUGUGUGUGUGUGUGUGUGUGUGUGUGUGUGUGUGUGUGUGUGUGUGUGUGUUAAAAUGGUCGGUUCUGCUGUUGUCCUGCAAGACGACCUCACCUCGUACUAACUUUGUGUUCGUACAAGAGUCUGCUUAUCUUUCUCAGGCAGUUCAGACGUCCUCUGUUAACACACACAUCUUGGAGCGGGUUGGAAAGAAUAAAUGAUUGUUGAUCAGUAUUGAUCGUUUGAUUCCGUAAAGACAUAUUCUAUUUAUUCUACUACGUUAAGGUUAGGGGGGCAUAUCUUCUGAACAAAGUAUUUGUUUAACCACACUAACAACACGGACACUAGGUAGGAGUUAAACAAAGUGUUCAUUAAACGAAGAAAAUCUGAGACUGCUAGUCUAGUAGCAGCUUUAGUUUGUUUAAAUUUGGUGUUAAAAUGAAAGCACUUUGAACAAUCUUCCAAACCAAUGCUGCCUCUUAACAACCCAACAAUGGAGCGUACCAUUAGGAACAGGUGGACAGUGAGUGGUAUUGUCUGAGUCUUGUCUUGGGUAGAGGCUGAUUCAUGCUUUGUGCCUCCACAACACUGCUUCCAUUUUGCCUUUGUCAUUUUAUACUCAUCUAUUGUAACAAUAAAGCCUUACUGA